GCGUGGCAGUCCUGCACCAGCCUCGCACCGACCUCCGAGCCUCUCUCUGAUCAUUCGAACUGGCUUUGCGACAGACACAGACGCCUGGGGUGGAAUAGUGGCGCUCAGAAGCACCUCAUCGGGCACCCAAUCCGUUGAGGCCCGUCACAGACGCGCAGCCGGCCAACGCGCAAUGCCGCGCCGUCCUGGCUGCCAACUCCUGGUGUCCUAGCAGCGCGUGGAAGCUCCUUGCUGCGCUCAAAGGGCGGCAUGGCGGCUUUCAUACAGCUGGUGGCCGCCGCGGGGCAGCGCCUGCUGCUGCAGGCCGCCCCGGCACCCGCCCCUGAGGAGGCGGCAGCGCCCGCGUCUGCCGCCGCCACAAACGACACCGGUGGCUACGAUGUCAGCUUCAGCACAUCGUCGUGCAUGAACACCACCAGCCCAAUCUGCUACUCCACAGCCAUCAGCGGAGAGAACCUGAUCACAGGGAUGUGGGUGAACCUGAUCCUGGGGUGCCUCUGCUACCUGGGAUUUGUGCUGUUCCGCUCCAUGCGCGGCUUUGAGUUCUACCACGCACGCCUGCUGCUGCCCACGGUGUCGCGCAAGCCGCCGCAGCUGGCCCUGCACGGCCACCAGCGGCUGUGGGGCUGGCUGCUGCCGGUGUUCGGGGUGACGGACGAGGAGCUGGUGCACAGCUCGGGGCUGGACGCCCUGAUUGCGGUGCGCAUCAUCAGCUUUGGGGUCACCCUCUUCCUCCCCAUGACCAUCCUGGGCACCGCGGUGCUGCUGCCCGUCAACUACACCUCGGAUUACUACACGCAGUAUGCGCAGGAGGAGGGCAUGGAUGAGUACACCUCGGUCUUCAUGCGCAUGACCAUCUCCAACAUACGCCAGCGCUCGCCCCUGCUCUGGAUCCACUUCACCUUUGUCUACCUCAACGUGUUCUGGGCCUCCUGGCUGAUCAUCGAAUACUACAAGGCAAGGAGGGGGGCGCGCUCCAGCAGGCAGCCCGCCCCUGAGUACAUCGCACUGCGCCAGACAUACCUGGUGCGGUGCACAGCCGUGCCCGGCGACGACCGCCCGACUGGCGGCGCCUCCGCCACCCCGCUCCUGACGCCGUCGAUGGCGCCCAGCCGCAGCCCCAUGAAGCACGGGCUGGCGGUGGCGCACAGCCCCACGCGGCGCGGCAGCGGCGGGGCCGCCGCCGCCGCGCUGGGCCUGCUCAAGUCUGCCAGCUCCGGCACGCUGGGCAGGACGGUCAACCGGCUGAAGCUGCCGCGGCGCAACGCGUCGCGUGCGGCCGACGAGUUUGGAGAGUUUGCCUUCCGGCCCAGCCGCUUCGCCACGCCCAGCAGCAGCCCGCCCAACGGCAGCCCCUCGUACGCCGACCGCGGCGCACCGGCCGACGUGGUGGCUGGCGGCGGCAUCUUCACGUACGCCGGGCCCUCGCGCUUCAGCCACCAGCGCAGCGGCAGCAGCCCCAGCGCGGUGGCAGCGGCCGGUGGGCUGGUGGCGUCCGACGGCAGCGGCACCGCCGCGCGGGGGCUGGCGGCGGCGCUGGCGGCGCUCCCCGGCGGCAGCCCCAUGCGCCGGGGCAGCAGCACGGGGAUCGAGCUGUCUGAUGCCGCAGCGUUUGGCUCUGGCAUGGUGACAGCCGGUCCAGAGCUGGGCCCGGAUGCCAGCGGCGCAAGCACGCCGGCGUCAGAGGCAGGCGGCGGCCGCGUGCAGCGGCCGCUGUUGUAUCAGCAGGCCCUGCGCAGCAGCGACCGGCUGCCGGCAGACUCGCCAGACCAGCGUCCGCCGCGGCCUGAGCAGUACAGAGGCAGCCUGCCACCGUUGCCACCUGCGGUCGCUGUGGCGGCCCCUGAGCAGCCUGCCGCGGAGGGGGUGCACCAGCAGCCCCAGCAGGGGGGGGGGGCCGCCGACACUGAGCCCACCUUUUCGCUGUCGUUCAGCCGCGGCUCGGGGCUGGCCGACAUUGGCAGCAUCAGCCUGAACGGCAGCGGCAGCCAGAGCGACGAUUGCGCCGACACGGCGGCGUCCCAGCAUGGCGCCGGCGCCGGCGCCGCGGCCGUGCAGACGCCCAACGGCGCGUCGCCUGCCGAGCCGGCGGCGGCAGCGCCGAGCGUGGAGCCCAGCGGCAGCUCCAGCCGCACGCUGCUGGCGCUGGGGCAGCAGGCCGACAGCGCGGCGGCACAGCCCGGCGACUCCUCGCCGCCGCCCUCGGGCGCCAUGACCCGCAGCGGGGGCUCCGCCGCCGCGCUGCUGCCGCUGGUGCAGGGCGGCGAGGGCGGCAGCAGCAGCAGCCCCACCUCCGACACGCUGCCGGUGCGCCCCCGCCACGCCCCCACCAGCAGCGUGGAGGUGGCGGCGGCGCUGGGCUAUGACCAGGCGCCGCCCAACGCCGAGGAGAUCUACGCAGCCAUCCUGAGCAGGAGCAGGGCGGCGGGCGGCGGCGGCGGCGGCGGCCUGGCCGCCGUGUACGGCGGCAAGGCGGAGCGGCAAGGCGGCGGCGAGGGGGAGGGCAGCGAGGGCAUCGCCACGCGCUGGUGGACGACGUACCAGCCCGCCGACGCCGACGGCGUGCCGCACGUGCUGCACCUCAACCAGAGCAUCACCUUCAAGGGCGCGGUGCGGCUGGCGGCGCCGGGCGGCGGCGCCGGCGGCGGCCGCAGCGGCAAGGAGCUGGCCGUCAACGCCAGCCUCUUCACCUGCCUGGUCAUGGACAUGCCGCUGGAGAAGCUGAAGCUGCGGCGCCUGGGCGUGUUCCCCACCUUGCGGCGCUGCCUGGGGCUGCAGCCCGCGCGCUCGCUGACCCGCACCAGCACCCUGGGCAGCCUGACGGCGGGCGGCAGCGGCACGCCCACCAGCGCGCGUAGCCAGGAGGACAUCACAGCUGUGCUGGACGAGCUGGAGAGGGGGCAGCAGGCAGACAGCGGCCGUGAUGCUGUGGAGGCGCACGCCACGGGGAUCAAGGGCGUGCUGGCGCGGGUGGCGUCGGUGUGGCAGAACCGCAGCAGGCUGGGCGAGUGGCGGCGCGAUGUGCGGUACGCGAUGUACAACAAGCGCGUGCGCAUCGCCACCGAGAUGUUCAGCGAGCUGUUUGGCGCAGACUUCGACUCCAUCAUCCCCAUCUACCCCACGGCGUCUGUGGACAAGCUGGCCCACAAAUGGGACUCCAAGGUGGCGGUGCUGGAGCGGCUGCAGCUGGCGCUGCGCGACGAGCCGCGCCACCACGCCAAGCGCUGCGCCAAGCUGAAGCAGCGCAUCAUGGUGCUGCAGCGGGAGGGAGCCGACUCUGCUGGUAGUAAUUUACUGGCAUGCAAGCACGAGAAAGGCCUGCCCAGGGAAGAAGGGCUGGGCGACAUUGCGGCGGAGCGGGAUGCCGUCCUCUCAGACCUCCCCUCCACCUGCUUCUUCGCCACCUUCAAGAGCCAGCAGGCCGCGGCCAUCGCCUCGCAGACCAACCUGAACCCCAUCAUGCAGCGCCUGUUCAGCGUGCACCCUGCGCCGCGCCCCGACGACGUCAACUGGCCCGCCCUGCAGCGCAGCUGGUGGCAGCGCACGAUGCGCCCGCUGUACGCGCUGCCCAUCAUCCUAUUCUUCAUGCUGCUGCCCAUCGGCAUGUUCACCGGCGCUUUUGCCCAGCUGACGGUGGCGCUGUGCGGCAACCCCAACGACCCCGCCUCCCGCUCCGGCAGCUGGUACUGCAGCGACGACCCGUGGGCCACCUUCAUGCGCAACGCCCUCACCUCCCUGGCCCCCUCCAUCGUGCUCUCCAUCUACAACAUGGUCUUCCUCCCCGUCAUGGUCUACUACGCGGCCCAGAUGGAGGGCCAGCACGUGAGCCUGUCGGCGCUGGACCGCCGCUGCGCCGACCUCUUCUUCUACUGGGACGUCUUCAACGUCUUCCUGGGAGCCCUGUUUGGAGGCACGGUGCUGGCGGAGCUCAAGACCUUCCUGCAAGACCCCUCCUACAUCUGGUCUGCGCUGGGCAGCGCCAUCCCCGCCGCAUCCAACUUCUUCAUCAAUUACGUGAUGUACCGCGCCCUGGUCAUGUCCGCCUUCCGCCUGCUGUACCCGCACCAGGCCAUCAUGCCCGCCAUCCUCAAAUGGCUCCGCAUCCUGUCACGGGCCAAGACCCCACGGGACAAACUGAUGGAGGUGCCGCCACGCAACUGCCGCUACGGCCGCGACAUUGGCAUCCCGGUCCUCAUGAACUUUGUCAUGGUCUGCUCCAUGUGCAUCACCAGCCCCCUCAUCCUGCCCUUCGGCCUGCUCUACUUUGUGGGCCUGUGGGCGGUGUGGCGGUACCAGGCCCUGUACGUCUACCAGCGCCAGUACGAGAGCGGCGGCCAGUUUUGGCCGCUGGUGGCGCACAAGGUGGUGGGCUGCCAGUUCAUCAUGGUCGUGUUCACGGCCUGCGUGCUGCUGUUCAAGGGCGGCUACACCCAGGCGGCCCUGCUGUUCAUCACCCUGCCCAUCUACCUGCUGCGCUUUGACAACUACCUGACCAAGCGGUACGAUGAUCUGGUGCGGCAGGUACCGCUGAUGGCGGUACACUCGGCGGGACGCAGCACCGUGCCUUCAGACAUCUACACGCCGCCGCCGCUGCGCCCCGGCGGCCAGGGCUGGCACCCCGAGUGGGGCAAAGUGUGGCAGCACUGGGGCAUUGGCCGCUACACGAUAUAGCCGCACAAAGUGAAGAUCGGCUCCCGUGCCAGCAGCUGCGCCCCGGCACGAAUGUGAAUGCCAUUUUUUCGAGAUACUGCCUGCUGAUACUGUGUGCCGGGAAAUUCCUCCGGCAGAGAGCGCAAGCUGGACAUAACGUUCCAUCUUCUUUCCUGCAUUCUUCCCUCUUU